AUGUCCUGGGCGCGCAAGGCGGGAAACGUGUGGGAUGUUACACUCUCCGAGUGGCAGCUGAGCUGGCAGGAGCUGCGCAGUUCGAAGCUUACAGGUAGUCUUUUAUUUGCCAUUAUUUGUGUGUUGACAGUGAUCGUAGGCAAUGUUGUUCUGCUCAUUGCGGUGAACUUCUGGCUUUCCAUCUUUCCUGUGAAUGAAGAUACCCCCGACGCCAGCCAGAUUACUGUCCAGGUGAUUGUCUGCUGCCUUCUCGCUAUAUGCUUUUCCGUGUUUGGGGCAGUGUUUAUUGUGGUGUACGGCGUCCGUCCACUGUGGCGUGCGCUGGUCGACACGGACCGUGUUCGUGGCCCGCUGUAUCGUCUACUGCUGUUGUUUUUUUCGGGCGCCGCCAACGCUAUGACAGGCGUUUUGUUCAUCCACGCCAUGCCAUACAUCCCUGAAUUUGUGCAGGCGGUUCUGUUGAGUGCGAUUCCCUUCUGUACACAGCUUUGGACCUACCUGCUGAUACCGCCAGAACGUAAACGGCGCUAUUUCUCCCUCACCUUCAUUGGCUCAUUUAUCCUCUUUGUGGCGGGUGUACUUCUGUCCUCCAUGUCCUCCUUCUUGGAUACCUCAAAGACGGGGCGCGCGGCACCGUGGGACUGGAGUCUCAUCUACCUUGCGAGUGCCGUGGUCUUUGGCCUGUGGUGCGUCCUACAGCGUCUCUAUCUUGACGCCAUGAUGUUCCGCAGCGCGGUGAAUGGGUCAGUAAGGCAGGAAACCACCCCGAGCUUGGGUGGCGCAAACAUUGAAAGGGUACCAACUGAACCGUCUGAUGCAUGCAGGGGAACAACGGCCGUUGGAAUUGGCAGCCAAGCUGACACGAAUGCGAUGUUCCCACCCAGUGCGGCACCUGCAACGCCCCACCAAGACAAUAUCCAGGACGAAGCAGGGGACUUAGUCUGUGACGCGCUCUUGGUUGCCCACCGCGAGUGGGGGAAACAGGACGAAAACGACCUUGCCGCCAAGACAGUGCUACUUCUGGUUGGUAUGGCCUUCCAGACGGUGGUGUCGCUGGCCUGCGUGCCGAUGGACGUUAUUCCCUGGUUUGGCAAGGCUUCCAACGCCAGUGAGGCCUGGGCCGGGUUCGUCGCGUCCUGCAAUUUCAUUUUUUCUGGAUGGUACAAUAUACGCUAUGGAUUGUUACACACGCUCGGUAUGCUGAUGAGCUUUGUUGGCUGUGCGUACCUCAACGAGCGCUCCCCCACCCUUGCGUCAGUGGUCUUGCAACUUUCUGGUCCCCUAACAGGUCUGGUGCUCGUUAUUGCGCCUAAGUGGGAUGUGUACGGCGAGCACGGGGUUCUUUGGCACAAGAUCGGUGGUGUCAUCAUGCUGAUUGUUGCUGGAUUAAUGUAUCAUGUGUGGGACCAGGCCUCCCUGAGGGAGCUGGUGAACAAACACCAGGUGUAG